UCUUUCACAUCCACAAUCAUCAUGGCUCUAUCUCUGUCUUGUACAAUGCUAAUCAUUUACUUUUCUGUUUUCGUGCUUGCCGGAGAUGCAAUGCGAGAAAUGCCCGAAGGAGAUGCAAUGCGAGAAAUGCCCGAAAAAGUGUCGAUGCUGGAGAAUGAAAAUUUUGUUCGAAAAGCAACUUUAAUGAGCGAUUCGGGUAAAAUAACUUGGGCUGGUACCUGUUCCCAGAAAACCGCUAGCUGGUUAAAAGGAAUAAAUUCUCCCUUUCCAACAAUUGGAAUUCAGGUUAUAGGAGAUUCACCCAUUGGCUGUUUUGAUGUGUAUCAAUUUAAAGCAGGAAGAGAAACCAUGUUUACGAUCGAGUUAUCAGCCGGACCCGGACCGGGACAUACUUCUGAAUUUUCGUUCCAUGUCACAGAUGAACAAAGACGGGAAAUAUCAGAAAACGGAGUUGGCGUUUAUUACUUGAAAAAGAAUGCAGUGACCAAAGACGACAAGAAUGAGCAUAACCUUCUAAAACAGGUGGUGGAGACGAUAUGAAAAUAGUAAGAGGAUGGUCGUCUAAACCCAAAGACGAUAAAAUUGGGAUGUAUUGCUUUUAGUUAUGUUAAAUUGUUUAAAGUUAUGGUGAGUGUUGUCUACUUGUCUGAAUAAAACAAAAUUCUUACAUGUUUAUAACAUGAGAAUUCUGUUCC